AUGGCGCAUGAUCAAAAGAAAGAAGAAGAUCCAAGAAAAGUUAAUAAUCCAUUCCCUUUGGAUUCAAACUGCUACAAUAUUCUUGAUGAAAUCGGUAAAGGGGCUAGUGCCAUUGUUUACAAGGCUAUUUGCCUUCCCAUCAACUCUACUGUAGUGGCCAUCAAAGCCAUUGAUCUCGAAAAAUUGAGGGCGGAUUUUGACAAUGUCCGCCGUGAAGCCAAGACUAUGACUCUUCUCUCCCACCCUAAUAUCCUCCAAGCACACUGUUCUUUCACUGUCGACAGCCGCCUUUGGGUGGUGAUGCCGUUCAUGUCCGGAGGUUCUUUACAGUCCAUAAUUUCGUCGUCUUAUCCUGAUGGCCUUUCGGAGUCGUGCAUUGCCACGGUUCUUAAAGAAAUUCUAAGUGCUUUAUCCUAUCUUCAUGGACAAGGCCAUCUACAUAGGGAUAUCAAAGCUGGUAACAUUCUGAUAGACUCUACUGGCUCGGUGAAGUUGGCAGAUUUUGGGGUUUCGGCCUCGAUUUACGAGUCAAAUUCGUCGUACGGUUCUUGGUCUUCUUCGUUUUCGUCCUCUAUGAUGCUUACUGAUGUUGCUGGUACGCCAUAUUGGAUGGCGCCGGAGGUGAUACACUCACAUACUGGAUAUAGUUUAAAGGCUGAUAUAUGGUCUUUCGGAAUUACUGCAUUGGAAUUAGCUCAUGGAAGGCCUCCUCUUUCUCAUCUUCCUCCAUCAAAAUCCUUGAUCAUGAAAAUUACAAAGCGUUUUAGGUUUUCCGACUAUGAAAAGACUAAUGAUAUGAAGAGCAAGAAAUUCACGAAAUCUUUUAAAGAUAUGGUUGGUUUGUGUCUUGAUCAAGAUCCGUCCAAGAGGCCAUCCGCAGAAAAACUGUUGAAGCAUUCAUUUUUCAAGUACAGCAAGGGGCCUGAAUUUCUUGUCAAGAAUCUCUUGCAUGGUUUGCCAAGUGUAGAACAAAGAUUCAAAUCGAUGAAGAUUCGGAUGUCCUUAUUAUUGAACAAGACUGAUGAAGAAGAUGAAGAUGAAUCUAUCGGUGGAACUCCAAAACUAAGAAGGAUUAGUGGGUGGAAUUUUAAUGAAGAAGUUUUUGAACUGGACCCUGUGUUCCCGUCUGAUCGAAAACAAGUUACAUUUGGAGGUGAAGCUUUCAUCAAAGACAAGGAAAAGGGCUCUAAUGAAUCGUUGAAUUCGAGUUCAUCGGGACAAGUUUUGUCUGAAACUGAUCAUAUUAGUGUCCAAGAAUCAGGUUCUGAUGGCCAAGAUGGCAAUACAGUUUGUAAUCAUAAUGAAACUUGUGAAUCCGUAGACGUAGUUGGGAGUGGUGGUGCUGGUGGCGGCAACAGCACUGGAGAUAAUGGAUUAGUGUUACAGACUCUAAAGUUUCUUAAGAAGAGUGUGGAUGAUCAAAAGCAACUGGUUAAUCACAUGAUUGGUUUAAUUCAAGGUGAAGACAGUGCAAAUCAGACAAGUGAAGAACAGUUGAGGAAGGAGAUUGAGAAUUUGAAGGUGCAGCUGGAGAAUGAGAAGAAGAAGAAUUCUGCACUGGAAUUGGAACUGGAGUUUCUAAAGUUGAAGUUAUCUAAUGAGUAA